UCCCGUCCCUGCGCCAUGUCCGUGCCUGCGGGCGCCGGGCCCCGCACCAGCGGCUGUUACCGCAGCAGCGCCAGCCUGCCCGGCCGCCUCCAGCAGCCAGACCGCCUCUGCGGCUACGGGAAGCCGGAGCCUCACCCGCGGUACCGCACCACGAACCAGACGUACGGCAGCAGGGCCCCCACGGUGCACGAGGUGCCGACCUCCUUCCAUGUCACCCCACACGGCUUUACGAGGAUCCAAGGCAUGGGGGGCCCGUACAGGAACAGUGGGCUCAACACGGCCCUGGAGAAGAGCUAUGUCACGGGUCCGGACAACUUCAUCACCGCCCAUGACCGCCUCGACUUCCACCCCAGCUACAACCCCAAUGGCCCGUCCCACUGUUAGAGCUGCAGCGGGAGCAACAGGGUCACUGCUGGCUAAAUACACACACACACACCCCCCGAAAGCCCCCUGAGCAAACAGCACUGACCUGCCCCUCAAUCUCUUGCUAAGCCUCUUUGAAAGCCUGACAAGAAGCACUGCACUGCAAAGUCAUUCACAUGCUCACUACUGGCAGUAGAUUAACCUGCACGCUUCCCACCAGUGGCCACCUCAGUCAGGCCUGGUUAAGGCCUGCAUAAGCUUUGGGGAAAACCAGUUUAAAAGUGUUAUUAAAACGGAGUCCAGGAAUUUGUUGGGAGA